GCUGCCGCAGAAACACAAGAAGAAGAAGCAACAAAACCACACAACGGGGAAGAAGCCAUGGCAAAUGACAAGAGUCCUCUGGGCCAGCUUAAGGACCUGGUGGAGCUUAAAGAUCAGCUGGAAGACAUCCAGAGACGAGUGGAAGAUGAAAUGCAAGCUGGGAUACCGCCAGGUGGCAGUCUGCUGGCCUCGCCAUUCCUGAAGGGUUUCAUGGCUGGUUACAUUGUUGCAAAACUACGCUCCUCAGCGUUGCUGGGUGUUGCUGUCGGAACAUGCACAGGAAUCUAUGCGGCACAGAACUACGCUGUGCCGGAUAUCGAACAAACCCUCAAAGACUACGUCAGCAGCUUCAGAGGAGGAAGCAAGUGAGAGAAGGGAGGGAGAGCUGAGGACAGGUGAGAGGAGGAGGAGAGAAAGGGAUAGAU